AUGAUUGAGAGAAACCUAGAUUACCCAAAAGAUCUCAAUGCCUUAAUUCGCACAAGCCCACAAUUCGCCCUCAUGUGCGGCGACAAGCUGUACAAGAACCGUACAGCACACGAACACGCCUACAUCAUCCUAUGGGCAGCUAAGCGCGGUCUCGGUGGCACAAUUUGCAAGUGCCUUAAUGCCGGUGCCCAGAUCAAACGACGAGAUAGAUUUAGGUCUCAUUUGGCCGAUCGCGAUGCCCCCGAGGUUUUGAACGUCAUCCCGCGACACCCAAAAUCACAUCCCCUGACCACAGCAGCCGAAAUCGGCUCGCUGUCUUGUGUCCGUGUUCUCCCUGACCAGGGCGUUAAUCCCAACUUGCUGGACGAGCACUACGAAACUCCGAUGCGAUUGUCACCCUUUCGGUGCCUACAGAGACAGGCCGCAGGAAAUGGCUACGUCCACAUUGUCGAGCUGUUACUUUCUUACGAUGAGGCCGUAUUCACCGGUGCUUUCAAGCUACGAAGGCCUCUAAAACUUGCUGCAGCUUGCGGCCAUUUACCUGUGCUCAAAGCUCUCUUGUCUUUCCUCGAGCGCGACGAUCGGAGCCUCACAGUUAAAGGCGCUGCCCAGAUCAUCCUAUACGAGGGACUCUGGUACCGGAAAGAAAAUCUCGUCACAUAUGCACUCGAAAAAGGUGCCGAUGUGAAUAACGACACAGAGUUCGUGGUACGGUUUGCUCCUGAUUUGCGUCCCGAUAAAUUCCCCGAGAGACCAUGGCCCAAGCUACUACAAGGGCACAAGAUUGGAUUGAAUAUUCGAUGA